AUGAAUAGUGAACAAAACAUUAGGCAAAGUUGCACCGCGAUAAUUAUAAGAAGGCAAAUGGUUCGUCAUCAGUUGAGCCACAAAACCAAAGGCGAAAAAUUGGGAGAAAAAUCGUUUAAGGAAGCACGUCCAUUUCCACCAGCCGGUUUAUACAUAGAUGGCAGUGGAAUUAUCUACGGAGACAUCCACAACGGAAAUAAUUAUUCUUUUGCCGAAAGUAAUCUACCAUUAAAAGAAAAGACAAAUCACGGAGAAGGAUUAUCGACUUCUCUAAAUAAGGUCAGGUUUUUUGACACGGGAUACAAAAUUAAAAGUUGUGAUGAUGAUGGUGAUACUUUAAAAUCCAUGAAUAAUGAUGAUAGCGAUAUUUCUGAACCUGAAGAUAAUCACAAGCAAAAUAAUCUUAAAGCACAACUAAAACCUAUUUCAGAGUCUCAAACGAAAAAUAAACCUAAAAAUGUACAGCAUGAACUCACACAAGAUUUACUCUCAGGUUUACGUUUGUGUCCUUUAAAUGGGCAAAAAUGGUUAUGGAAUGGACCUCUUCCAUCAUCAAUGAUCACGCAUAUUCAAGCACAAAUGGAAAGCGAUGACGUUAACACAAUCUCCUUUGACGAUGGCAAAAAUUUUGGAAUAAAUAAGUUUUUAAUUGAUAUUGACGAAGAAGUUAUGAAAUUUCUGAACGCAUUUCGAGAUUAUAAAUCAUGGGAUAUUCGUAUUUCUAGCGGCGAAGUUUCAUCUGUAGCGUAUUACAAGUUAAAGGAACUUGCUCAAAUUCAAGUAAAUAGUGGUCCAAAAAUGGACUCAAGAGCGAUUAUUACGUCCAUCAGUCAAGAAGUAUUAAUUCAGGAGAAUGAAAGAUAUGACACUGCCAACAAAAGAAAGAACAAUUUACCAAAACCUGAAUAUUGCUCAAAGCUUGUAAAAGGUGUUGCUCAAUGCGCAGUCCAGCUUGAGUCAUCUUUAUCGAACCGUAAGCGCAAGGUUAAUGAAGUGGAAGAGGAUCAGAUGAAUGGAAGAAUUUUUGGAUAG